GCGUGCCCCCGUGGCGGGGCAGGGCUGGAGCCGGGUGGGCUUGGGGAGACCUUGGGGGCGCUUCUGUGGGGAGAGGCUGAGCUCGGGGCGGCUGGCUGGCUGUCCGUGUCCAGAGGAGCUCUCUGUCUGUCCGUGUCCAGAGGAGCUCUCUGUCUGUCCGUGUCCAGAGGAGCUCUCUGUCUGUCCGUGUCCAGAGGAGCUCUCUGUCUGUCCGUGUCCAGAGGAGCUCUCUGUCUGUCCGUGUUCAGAGCAGCUCUGUCAGUCUUUCUGUCUGUCUGUUCCAGAGGAAUUGUGUGUUUUCUAGAGCAGCUGUCUGUCUGUCUGUCUGUGUCCAGAGCAGCUGUCUGUCAGUGUUCAGAACAGCUGUCAGUCUGUCUGUCUGUCCAUGUCCCAAGCAGCUCUCUGUCAGUCUGUCCAUGUCCAGAGCAACUGUCAGUCUGUCAGUGUCCAGAGCAGCUCUCUGUCUGUCUGUCAGUCUGUCUGUCCGUGUCCAGAGCAACUGUCAGUCUGUCUGUCAGUGUCCAGAGCAGCUCUCUGUGUGUCUGUCAGUCUGUCUGUCCAUGUCCAGAGCAGCUGUCUGUCUGUCCAUGUCCAGCUCUCUGUGUGUCUGCCCGUGUCCAGCUGUCUGUCUGUCAGUGUUCAGAGCAGCUGUCUGUCCAUGUCCAGAGCAGCUGUCUGUCUGUCUGUCCAGAGCAGCUGUCUGUCAGUCUGUGUGUCCGUGCCCAGCUGUCAGUCUGUCUGUCCAUGUCCGGAGCAGCUCUCUGUCAGUGUUCAGAGCAGCUGUCUGUCUGUCUGUCUGUGUGUCCAUGUCCAGUGCAGCUCUUUGUCUGUCCGUGUUCAGAGCAGCUGUCUGUCUGUCUGUCCCAGAGGAGCUCUCUGUCAGCCUGUGUGUCUGUGUCCAGCUGUCGGUCUGUCUGUCAGUCUGUCUGUCCCAGAGCAGCUCUCUGUCAGUGUUCAGAGGAGCUGUCAGUCUGUCUGUCCGUGCGCAGCUGUCAGUCUGUCUGUCCGUGUCCAGAGCAGCUGUCAGUCUGUGUGUCCAUGCCCAGCUGUCUGUCUGUCAGUCUGUCUGUGUGUCCCAGAGGAGCUCUCUGUCAGCCUGUGUGUCCGUGCCCAGCUGUGUGUGUCUCAGUGUUCAGAGCAGCUGUCAGUCUGUGUGACCGUGUCCAGCUGUCUGUCUGUCUGUCCAGAGGAGCUGUCUGUCAGUCUGUCUGUCCGUGUCCAGAGCAGCUGUCAGUCAGUCUGUCUGUCUGUGCAGAGGAGUACACGUGCCUGUGGCAGGGCUGCGGGUUCUGCUGCCCGGAGAGCCCGGCCGAGCUGCUGCGCCACGUGCUGUUCCACUGCUACCACACCAAGCUGAAGCAGUGGGGGCUGCGCGCCCUGCAGGGCCAGCCCCAGCUCAGCCCCUGCCAGCUGGGCUGCCACAGCAGGAACAUCAUCCCCGACAUCCAGGAGGGCUUCCUGUGCCUCUGGGAGUACUGCGAGAGGUCCUUUGACAACCCCGAGUGGUUCUACCGGCACGUGGAGGAUCACAGCUUCUGCUCCGAGUACAAGGCAGCAGGCAAGGAGAACCACGUGCUGCUCUGCGGCUGGAAAGACUGCAACUGCAGCUUCAAGGGCCGCUGCAAGCUGCGGGAGCACCUGCGCAGCCACACGCAGGAGAAGGUGGUGGCCUGUCCCACCUGUGGGGGGAUGUUUGCCAACAACACCAAGUUCUUCGACCACAUCCGCCGCCAGACUGCCCUGGAGGAGCAGAGGUUUCAGUGCUCCCACUGCUCCAAGAGGUUUGCCACCGAGCGGCUGCUCCGCGACCACAUGAGGAACCACGUGAACCACUACAAGUGCCCCCUGUGUGACAUGACCUGCCCGCUGCCCUCCUCGCUGCGCAACCACAUCCGCUUCCGGCACAGCGAGGAGCGCCCCUUCAAGUGUGACUACUGUGACUACAGCUGCAAGAACCUCAUUGACCUGCGGAAGCACCUGGACACGCACAGCAAGGAGCCGGCGUACCGCUGCGAGUUCGAGGCCUGCAGCUUCUCUGCCCGCUCCCUCUGCUCCAUCAAACUGCACUACAGGAAGGUCCACGAGGGUGACUCCGAGCCCCGGUACAAGUGCCACGUGUGUGACAAGUGCUUCACACGGGGGAACAACCUCACUGUCCACCUCAGGAAGAAGCACCAGUUCAAAUGGCCCUCGGGACAUCCUCGCUUCAGGUACAGGGAGCACGAGGAUGGCUACAUGAGGCUGCAGCUGGUGCGCUACGAGAGCGUGGAGCUCACAGAGCAGCUGCUCAAGGACAGGGAGAGGCGUGGGGAGGCUCUGGAUGGCUCCAGCGAGUGCGUGGUGCUGCCUGAGGGCGAGGGCAACCUGCAGGGCAUCCUUCUGGAGCCUGCAGCAAACCCUGCCCCAGCAGAGAACAGCACAUCAGAGCUGCCUGCGCCCCCAGCCCUGUGCUCUGCUCCCAGCCCUGAGCCAGCACGGCCCAGCCCCAUCCCAGGAGCUUCCUCCUCCUCCUCCUCAGAGCAAGGAGGCAGCAGCACCAGCAGCCCCAUCAUCCGUGUGGUGAGCAGGACCAACGAGCAGGGCCAGAGUGAGACUGUCUAUUACGUGCUGGCCAGCACAGCCUCAGAGCAGCAGGCCACAGCAGCCCCGGGCCUGGAGCUGGAGGAGAACGUCAUGGACAGGCUGCAGAAAACAGCUGAGGAGCUGGGCAUCCAGAUCCUGUGAGGGGCUGCCCCUCUGCUGCAGGAGAGCCUGAGCCUCGUGGGGAUGUGCUGCUGGAGGAGUGCUUGGGGACAGGGCUGGGCUUGUCCUCAGCCCAGCCUGGCUGGCUGCUGGUUCUGUCGGCGUGGGGAGAGGGGAGGGACACAUCCCCCGGGUGUGUCAGAGCUGCAAGGAGCUGUCUGCCUCCUCCUUGUGGGGAUUGGGGCCUGUCAAGCUUCUCCCACCCUUCUGGGAGGUUUGGCCCAGGCCUGGCAGGGUGGGGUGGUCAGCAGCUGUGCCCUUCUGUUCCCCAGGCAGGAUGGUGUGUGGAGCACACUGGUGCUGAAGUCUCUUCCCUUGGCAGGCCUGUCCUGCCCAUCCAUGCCUUUUCCAGGGGGUUUCAUGCCUUCAUCAGCACUUCCUGCACACAUUGCCUGUCUCACCUGCUGCUGCUGGUGGUGUUUGGCUCCCUGAUCCCAUAACCAGCCCUGCUCUCUGGGAGGCCAGUGCAGCACUGGGACAUUGGGAGCUUCUUGCUGCUUUUGGCAUGCCCUGGGUGUCCUCCCCACAUUGGGGUUUGGGCUCCUGCUUGGGCAAAGUGUUCUUUGGCGAGACAAAUAAACAUCAGGCUGCCAGGCC